CGCCGUUGCUCGACGAUGCUCGUCAGUCUAGAGAGUAAUAUCGACACGAAAAGGACCUGUUUGAGUUACCCGGUCACAUAGACAAAUCAAUCGAAAUACUACACAAAUAAUUGCUUCAAACUCUGUUUGGACGCUGCAGUCGUUGCGUUAACCGGCAAAAUGGCUGAAGCGGAAGGUGGCUCCGAACAGGAUGAUGUUUCAUUCCUGCGUACGGAAGAUAUGGUCACGCUCUCCUGCACAGCAACUGGCGAACGUGUCUGCCUGGCCGCUGAGGGAUUCGGUAAUCGGCAUUGCUUCCUCGAAAACAUUGCCGAUAAAAAUGUGCCGCCCGAUUUGUCGCAAUGCGUGUUCGUCAUCGAACAAGCGCUAUCGGUGCGUGCGCUCCAGGAACUGGUGACAGCAGCUGGCUCAGAGACCGGCAAGGGCACAGGAUCUGGCCAUAGAACUCUGCUCUAUGGCAAUGCCAUACUCCUGAGGCAUCAUAACAGCGACAUGUAUCUGGCCUGUUUGUCAACAUCGUCGUCGAAUGAUAAGCUCUCCUUCGAUGUGGGCCUGCAGGAGCAUAGCCAGGGGGAGGCCUGUUGGUGGACCGUUCAUCCGGCGAGCAAACAGCGUUCGGAGGGUGAAAAGGUGCGUGUGGGCGAUGAUUUGAUUUUGGUCUCCGUUGCCACCGAACGGUAUCUGCACACAACCAAGGAGAACGAACAGUCCAUUGUGAACGCCAGCUUCCAUGUGACCCACUGGUCCGUACAGCCCUACGGCACCGGCAUCUCACGCAUGAAAUAUGUUGGCUAUGUGUUCGGUGGCGAUGUCUUGCGUUUCUUUCAUGGCGGCGACGAGUGUCUGACCAUACCCAGCACCUGGGGCCGUGAGGCAGGUCAAAACAUUGUCAUAUACGAAGGAGGCGUGGUCAUGGCUCAGGCACGUUCUCUGUGGCGCUUGGAACUGGCACGGACCAAAUGGACGGGCGGCUUCAUAAACUGGUAUCAUCCCAUGCGUAUACGUCAUAUAACGACGGGACGCUAUCUGGGCGUCAACGAGAGCAACGAGCUAAUCCUCGUUAAAAAGGAGGAAGCAUCGAUUGCAACGACGACUUUCUGCCUGAGGCAAGAAAAAGACGACGAAAAGAAAGUACUCGAGGACAAAGACUUAGAAAUAAUCGGUUCGCCGAUCAUCAAAUACGGUGACACCACCGUCAUUGUGCAGCACUGCGAGUCUAGCCUGUGGCUCAGCUACAAGAGCUACGAAACGAAAAAGAAGGGCGUCGGCAAGGUGGAAGAGAAGCAAGCGAUACUCCACGAGGAGGGUAAAAUGGACGAUUGCCUCGACUUUUCGCGCUCACAGGAAGAGGAAUCAAAGACGGCACGCGUCAUUCGAAAGUGUAGCAGCCUCUUCACACAGUUUAUAACCGCCUUAGAAACCUUACAAUCCAAUCGUCGACAUUCAAUAUUUUUCCAAAAAGUUAAUCUCAACGAAAUGGUCAUGUGCCUGGAAGAUUUAAUCAAUUACUUCUCGCAGCCAGAAGAUGAUAUGGAACACGAGGAGAAGCAAAACCGUUUUCGUGCCUUGCGCAAUCGUCAGGAUCUGUUCCAGGAGGAAGGCGUGCUCAAUCUCAUAUUGGAGGCCAUUGAUAAGAUUAAUAUAAUUACCUCUCAAGGCUUUUUGGCCAGCUUCCUGGCCGGCGACGAGACCGGCCAGAGUUGGGAUCUAAUCUCCACUUAUCUGUACCAGCUGCUGGCCGCCAUCAUCAAGGGCAAUCACACCAAUUGCGCCCAGUUUGCGAACAGCAAUCGCCUGAAUUGGCUUUUCUCUCGCCUGGGCUCGCAGGCAUCAAGCGAAGGAUCUGGCAUGUUGGAUGUGCUUCAUUGUGUGUUAAUUGACUCUCCCGAGGCGCUGAACAUGAUGAGGGACGAGCAUAUUAAAGUAAUUAUAUCGCUGCUGGAGAAACACGGCCGAGACCCCAAAGUUCUCGACGUCCUCUGCUCUCUGUGUGUGGGCAAUGGCGUUGCGGUGCGCUCCUCGCAAAAUAACAUUUGUGAUUUCCUGCUGCCUGGCAAGAACCUGCUGCUGCAGACACUGCUUGUGGAUCAUGUGGCCAGCAUACGUCCCAACAUCUUUGUUGGACGCGUCGAUGGCUCAUCCAUGUACCAAAAGUGGUACUUUGAGGUGACCAUGGAUCACAUCGAGCAAACCACCCACAUAAUGCCACAUCUACGCAUUGGCUGGGCCAACACCUCCGGCUAUGUACCCUAUCCGGGCGGUGGCAAGAAGUGGGGCGGCAAUGGCGUUGGCGAUGACCUCUAUUCGUUUGGCUUCGAUGGCGCUCACUUGUGGACGGGAGGACGCAAGACACUUGUGGUGGACACACUGCCCGAAGAGCCAUACAUUCGCAAGGGCGAUGUCAUUGGCGUUGCCAUCGAUCUGUCCGUGCCGGUCAUAACGUUCACAUUUAAUGGCGGCAAGGUACGCGGCUGCUUCAGAGACUUUAAUCUGGAUGGGAUGUUCUUCCCAGUGAUGAGUUGCUCGUCGAAGCUCAGUUGUCGCUUUUUGUUUGGCGGCGACCACGGCCGCUUGAAGUACGCCCCACCCAUGGGCUUCUCGGCGCUCGUACAGUGCCUCAUGCCGCAUCAGAUCUUAAGCUUGGAUCCCUGCUUUUACUUUGGUAAUCUGAGCAAAAAUGUAUUGGCCGGUCCCUGGCUCAUCGAGGACGAUACACCAUUUGUGCCCAAGCCCGUGGAUACGACAGGCGUAUCGCUGCCCAGCUCUGUGGAUCAGAUUAAGGAGAAGCUGGCAGAAAAUAUACACGAAAUGUGGGCUUUGAAUAAGAUCGACGCUGGCUGGACCUGGGGAGAGCAACGAGAGGAUUAUCAUCGCAUACAUCCCUGCCUCACGCAGUUCGAGAAACUGCCAGCUGCCGAGAAGCGGUACGACAAUCAACUAGCGGUCCAAACACUAAAAACUAUCAUUUCAUUGGGUUACUACAUAACCAUGGACAAGCCACCAGCACGCAUACGACCUGUUCGACUGCCCAAUGAGAUAUUUAUGCAGGCCAAUGGCUACAAGCCGGCGCCGCUCGACCUGAGCGCUGUCACCCUAACGCCAAAGCUGGAAGAGCUCGUGGAUCAGCUGGCCGAGAACACGCACAAUUUGUGGGCACGCGAGCGUAUUCAGCAGGGCUGGACCUACGGCCUAAACGAGGACUCCGAAAAUCAUCGCAGCCCUCAUCUGGUGCCCUAUGCCAAGGUCGAUGAGGCAAUCAAGAAAGCGAAUCGCGACACUGCCUCCGAGACAGUGCGCACUCUGUUGGUCUAUGGCUAUGUCCUGGAUCCGCCCACUGGCGAGGGCACCGAAGCAUUGCUAGCCGAGGCACAACGUCUGAAGUUCGCAGCCUUUCGAACGUAUCGAGUGGAACGCAACUAUGCCGUCACCUCUGGCAAAUGGUAUUUCGAGUUUGAGGUGCUAACAGCGGGUCCCAUGCGCGUUGGCUGGGCCCGCGCCGAUUGCUAUCCGGGCGCCAUGUUGGGCAGCGAAGACACCAGCUGGGCAUUUGAUGGACACAAUGAAGAGAAAGUCUACGGUGGCAACAGUGAAUCGUUCGGUAAACAAUGUGGACCCGGGGAUAUAGUCGGCGUCUUUUUAGAUCUAGCCGAUCAUACAAUUAGCUUCUCAUUGAAUGGAGAGCUACUUAUGGAUGCCUUGGGUGGCGAGACAACUUUUGCCGAUGUAACCGCUGAGGGCGUGGGCUUUGUGCCCGCCUGCACCUUGGGCGUGGGCCAGAAGGCGCGUUUGAUUUAUGGUCAAGACGUGGACUCCCUAAAGUUCUUUACCACAUGUGGUCUGCAAGAGGGCUACGAGCCAUUCUGUGUCAAUAUGCGACGCCCUGUCACGCACUGGUAUACCAAGGAUCAGCCCAUUUUUGAAAAUACCGAGGAAAUGCCCGAUUGUCGCAUCGAUGUGACGCGCAUACCUGGUGGAGCUGACACUCCGCCGCAUUUGAAGAUCUCGCAUAACACGUUCGAGACCAUGGAGAAGGCGAAUUGGGAAUUCCUGCGUCUCUCCCUGCCUGUCACCUGCAUGAGCGACUUCAUCAGUGAGCAGGAAAAGGCGAGACGCUGGGAGGAGAUCAAAUUACGCCAAUAUCGCUUAAUGCGCGAAGCACAAGAGGCAGCUAUCCAAAUGCAAACCCAAACCGCAGCACAUAUGGAUCACAUGCUCAAGGGCGGCUUCAAUAUGAACGAUAUUAAGGGCUUGACACGCAAUUUCGAUGAUCACACCGAGGCAGAAGCCGAGCACAUGAUGCGUAAUCCCCCACGGCCACCACGCAAAGGUUCCCUGACCCGCAAUAUAACGUUUGAAACCGAUAUGACGGCUGCAUUGGAUGAGAUGCAGCGUUCGUCUUCCGUAUUGGAUAUGAAUGGCCUGGGCGAUGACCUAGAUGACAAAAAGAAACGUGGCCGCAGCCCGUUCAAGUUCUUCUCGAAGAAAUCACGUGAUCAGAGUCGUGAGAAAAAUGGUUCUAGAACUGCGGACACCUCGCUGGAGCGCAGAAAUACCGUAGCACAUGGCAGAAACGUGGUUAACCAGCAGAUGACAACACGAACACCAACUUUGCGACUAAACAAUGCCGAAAUACCGCCCAGUCCAGUGCCUCAGGGACCUAAACAAUUGAGCGCUACGAAUUUGGGCCAGCCCCCUGUCGAAUCAUCUGGCAACGAGAUGUUCGAUGCCGAGUGCCUUAAGUUGAUCAACGAGUAUUUCUAUGGUGUGCGCAUAUUCCCCGGUCAGGAUCCCACCCACGUGUACGUGGGCUGGGUAACGACUCAGUACCAUUUGCAUAGUCGCGAAUUCAAUAAGAACAAAGUGCGACGCGGCUCGGUCUACAUUGAGGAUUAUUAUGAAGUGCCCAUUGAACGCAUAGAUCGUCAGAGCUGCUACGUGGUACGCGCCGACGAGCUAUUCAACGAGGUAACACAAGAUGCCUCUGGCAAAGGUGCAUCGCAGGGUAUGUUCGUCGGUUGCUUCGUGGAUACAGCUACGGGCAUAAUACGCUUCACGUGCGAGGGCAAGGAGACAUCGCAUCGCUGGAUGAUGGAACCGGAUACCAAACUAUUUCCAGCAAUUUUCGUCGAAGCCACCAGCAAAGAGAUCCUACAAAUUGAAUUGGGCCGCACACCCACUACGCUGCCAUUGUCAGCAGCCGUGCUGCCCACCAGCGACAAGCACAUAAACCCGCAGUCACCGCCCCGUUUGAAGGUGCAGUGCCUGCGACCGCACCAAUGGGCACGAGUGCCCAACACCUCACUGCAGGUGCAUGCGCUGAAGCUGUCCGAUAUACGUGGCUGGUCAAUGCUCUGCGAAGAUCCAGUCUCAAUGCUGGCCCUACACAUACCCGAAGAAGAUCGCUGCAUCGAUAUAUUGGAGCUAAUUGAAAUGGAUAAACUACUCUCCUUCCAUGCCCACACGCUUACACUCUAUGCUGCGCUGUGCUAUCAAUCCAAUUAUCGUGCCGCGCAUGCGCUCUGCCAGCAUGUCGAUCAGAAGCAACUGCUCUAUGCCAUCCGGUCCGAGUAUAUGAGUGGACCAUUGCGUCAGGGAUUCUAUGAUCUGCUGAUAGCGCUGCAUCUGGAAUCGCAUGCCACCACAAUGGAGGUAUGCAAAAAUGAAUACAUUACACCGUUGGGCGCGGAACUGAAGGAGCUCUACGCCGAGGAUGAGAUGCGCCACUCACUGCGUUCGCUUGUCACGGAGUCUGUGCGCCCGCAGUUGCGUAUGACGGAAAUCACUCCCCCUGUGAUUGCAACAUCUAGUAUGCCAAGUGUUUCCAGCGAACCGAUACCCAACAUCGAUCAGUUGUAUUCCCCGAAGUUCCCAUUAGAAGUAGUCAGAGAAUUUGUAAUGGAAGCACUUAAAGAUGCUGUGGAAAUAAAUCAAGUGCAUAACCGUGAUCCCAUCGGUUGGACCAACGAGAAUCUAUUCUUGCCACUCAUUAAGCUAACGGAUCGCCUACUGUUAGUUGGCGUCCUUACUGAUGAGGACGUUCAAAAGCUAUUAGUAAUGGUGGAUCCAGAGACUUGGGAUGCCACUUUCGCGAGAGAGGGCAAAGAUGAACAUCGCAAGGGUUUGCUCACCAUGAAAAUGGCCGAGGGAGCCAAGUUGCAAAUGUGCUAUCUAUUGCAUCAUCUGUACGACACACAGCUACGCCAUCGGGUGGAGAGCAUAAUAGCGUUCUCCCACGAUUUUGUGGGCGAUCUGCAAACCGAUCAGUUGCGCCGUUAUAUUGAGAUUAAGCAAUCCGAUUUGCCAAGUGCUGUUGCGGCCAAAAAGACUAAGGAAUUCCGUUGUCCACCCAGAGAACAAAUGAAUCAGAUUCUUUGCUUUAAGAAUCUAGAGUCUGACGAUCAGGAUAAUUGCACCUGUGGUCUUGAGUUGCGCAGUCGCUUAAGCGAAUUCCACGACUGUCUAAUGCAAAAGGUAUCGCUGAAUGCGCUGCAGGAGCCGGAUGGUACUGAGACUAAUGCAAUCGAAGAGAUCAAAACGGGACCCAUAACAAAAAUCUACAAUUUCAUCAAUACCGUCAAGGAACUAGAGGAGGGACCCAAAGAAGUGGAGGAGCCUGAGAAAAAGACACCUGAAGAGGUUUUCCGCAAGGUCCUAAUCAAAACCAUCGUCAGCUGGGCUGAAGAAUCACAAAUCGAGAAUCCAAAAUUAGUUCGCGAAAUGUUUAGCUUACUGGUACGGCAAUACGAUACGGUCGGUGAGCUGGUACGUGCUCUUGAAAAGACAUAUGUGAUCAACAACCGUGCACGGGAUGAUGUAGCUGAGAUGUGGGUUGGCUUAAGCCAAAUACGUGCAUUGCUGCCCGUCCAAAUGAGCCAGGAAGAGGAGGAGCUGAUGCGUAAGCGUCUGUGGAAACUGGUAAACAACGCCACAUUCUUCCAGCAUCCAGAUUUGAUACGCAUCUUACGUGUGCACGAAAACGUAAUGGCCGUCAUGAUGAAUACUCUAGGCCGUCGUGCUCAGGCACAAAGCGAUGCCCCCGCACAAACCGAGGGUGCCGAGGGUGUGCCCUCAAAGGAGAAAGACACCUCGCACGAAAUGGUUGUGGCUUGUUGUCGCUUUCUAUGUUACUUUUGCCGUACCGGACGCCAGAAUCAGAAGGCCAUGUUCGAUCAUUUUGACUUUUUACUGGACAAUGCGAACAUAUUGUUAGCCAGACCCAGUCUGCGUGGUUCCACCCCAUUGGAUGUGGCAUAUUCGAGUUUAAUGGAGAACACAGAAUUAGCUCUGGCACUUAGGGAACAUUAUUUGGAGAAGAUUGCAGUGUACCUGUCCAGAUGUGGAUUGCAAAGCAAUUCAGAGCUUGUUGAAAAGGGUUACCCCGAUUUGGGCUGGGACCCGGUCGAGGGUGAGCGAUAUCUGGACUUUUUGCGCUAUUGCGUUUGGGUCAAUGGCGAGAGUGUCGAGGAGAAUGCCAACCUUGUCAUUCGUCUUCUUAUCCGUCGUCCAGAAUGUUUGGGACCGGCUCUAAGAGGAGAAGGGGAAGGUCUCUUCCGUGCAAUCGUCGAGGCCAAUCGUAUGUCGGAGCGCAUAUCGGAUCGUUGUAAAAUGCAAGACGAAGCCGAAGGCACCAUAGCUGGACUCAAUUUUACACAUCCCCUUCCGGAAGGCGAAGAAGACGAAGACUAUAUUGAUACAGGUGCUGCCAUAUUGAAUUUCUAUUGUACACUUGUUGACCUGCUGGGAAGAUGCGCCCCGGACGUGUCUGUUAUCGAGCAAGGCAAGAACGAAUCACUGAGAGCUAGAGCUAUUUUGAGAUCUCUUGUGCCACUGGAAGACCUUCAAGGUGUGCUUAGCCUAAAGUUUACGCUCACACAAACUGCUCCUGGCGAGGAGAAACCGAAAUCGGAUAUGCCAUCUGGCCUCUUACCCAAUAACAAACAGAGUAUUGUCCUAUUUUUGGAACGUGUCUAUGGUAUAGAGACACAAGAUCUCUUCUAUCGGCUGCUAGAAGACGCUUUUCUGCCAGAUCUGCGUACAGCCACAAUUUUAGAUAAGAGCGAUGGCUCGGAGAGCGAUAUGGCCUUAGCCAUGAAUCGCUACAUCGGCAACUCUAUUUUGCCACUGCUCAUCAAGCACUCAAAGUUCUAUAACGAGGCUGAGAACUAUGCAAGUCUCUUGGAUGCCACACUGCACACGGUCUACAGGUUAUCCAAGAACCGUAUGCUAACCAAGGGGCAGCGAGAGGCAGUAUCCGAUUUUCUAGUGGCGUUAACAUCACAAAUGCAACCUGCCAUGCUCUUAAAGCUAUUGCGCAAGUUGACUGUUGAUGUCUCCAAACUAUCCGAAUACACGACAGUCGCACUCAGGCUACUCACACUACACUUCGAUCGCUGCGCUAAGUACUAUGGCUCGACUCAAGGCCAGGGCUCGUAUGGAGCUUCGUCAGAUGAGGAGAAGCGUCUAACGAUGCUUCUGUUCUCAAAUAUUUUUGACUCGCUGAGCAACAUGGACUAUGACCCGGAACUGUUCGGUAAAGCUUUGCCCUGUCUAAUUGCUAUUGGCUGUGCCUUGCCACCAGAUUAUAGUUUAUCAAAGAACACCGACGAGGACUAUUAUGGCAGACAAAUGGGUGCACCGGAUCAACCACAAUAUGUGCCAAAUCCAAUCGAUACGAACAAUGUACAUUUGGACAAUGAUUUAAAUUCGUUGGUUCAAAAGUUCAGCGAACACUAUCACGAUGCUUGGGCCAGUCGCCGCUUGGAAGGUAGCUGGACAUAUGGCGAAAUUCGAUCAGAUAACGAUCGCAAGCACCCACGUCUAAAGCCCUACAAUAUGCUCAGUGAAUAUGAGCGUGAACGCUACCGGGAUCCGGUGCGUGAAUGCCUCAAAGGUCUCCUGGCCAUUGGCUGGACCGUUGAGCACUCUGAAAUCGAUUUGCCACUCAAUCAUCGUGGCUCGACGCGUCGUCAAUCGAAGCCCCAAAUUAAUGAGGGCAGUCCCUUCAACUAUAAUCCACAUCCUGUGGACAUGAGCAACCUGACGCUGAGCAGAGAAAUGCAGAACAUGGCCGAGCGUCUGGCCGAAAACUCUCAUGAUAUAUGGGCGAAGAAGAAGAACGAAGAGUUGAAUGGAUGCGGUGGUGUUAUACAUCCACAGUUGGUGCCCUAUGACUUGCUUACGGAUAAGGAGAAGAAAAAGGACCGCGAGCGUUCACAGGAGUUCCUCAAAUACAUGCAGUACCAGGGAUACAAAUUGCAUAAGCCCUCAAAGGGUGGCGCUGUUGAGGAAGGAGGUGCCACACAAGCUGCCGUUGAGCUGCGCUUCUCCUAUUCACUACUAGAGAAGCUUAUCCAAUAUCUGGACCGCGCCACCAUCAACAUGAAGCUAUUGAAGCCAUCCACCACGUUCAGUCGACGAACAUCAUUCAAGACGGCAUCGCGUGACAUCAAGUUCUUCUCAAAGGUAGUCUUGCCUUUAAUGGAGAAGUACUUCUCGACGCAUCGCAAUUAUUUUAUUGCCAUUGCCACGGCUACGAACAACAUAGGUGCCGCUUCGCUAAAGGAGAAGGAAAUGGUUGCAUCCAUAUUCUGUAAGUUGGCAGCUCUUUUGCGCAAUCGUCUCAGCGCCUUUGGACCUGAUGUGCGCAUCACUGUGCGCUGCCUACAAGUUCUUGUCAAGGGCAUUGAUGCCAAGACUUUGACCAAAAACUGUCCCGAAUUCAUACGCACAUCGAUGCUGACGUUCUUCAAUCAAACUUCCGAUGAUCUCGGCAAUACGAUAAUGAAUCUACAGGAUGGCAAGUACAGCCAUUUGCGUGGCACGCAUCUUAAGACCUCCACAUCAUUGGGCUAUGUAAAUCAGGUGGUGCUGCCGGUGCUGACUGCGAUGUUUGACCACCUGGCUGCCUGUGAUUAUGGCAGUGAUUUGCUACUCGACGAGAUUCAAGUGGCGUCUUAUAAGAUAUUAGCUGCCUUGUAUCACUUGGGCACCGAUGCGACAUUGACACACGAUCGCAAAUACCUGAAAACGGAAAUUGAGAGACACCGACCUGCGUUGGGCUCUUGCUUGGGCGCCUACAGCUCGUGCUUUCCAGUUGCCUAUCUGGAGCCGCAUCUCAAUAAGCACAAUCAGUACUCGUUGCUAAAUCGCAUUGCAGACCAUUCGCUAGAGGCACAGGACAUUAUGGUCAAAAUGGAAAGCUGUAUGCCCAAUUUGGAAGCGAUCCUCACUGAAGUGGAUCAGUUCGUUGAGUCAGAUAAGACUUAUACCGAUGCACCGCACAUCAUUGACGUUAUAUUGCCACUGCUAUGCGCCUAUUUGCCCUUCUGGUGGUCCCAGGGUCCGGAUAACGUGAGUCCGACCAGCGGCAAUCAUGUGACCAUGGUCACAGCCGAUCACAUGAAUUCGCUACUACGCAAUGUGCUCAAGAUGAUCAAGAAAAAUAUCGGCAAUGAUAAUGCACCCUGGAUGACACGCAUUGCGGCCUACACUCAGCAGAUCAUCAUCAAUACGUCGGAGGAGCUGCUCAAGGAUCCAUUCCUGCCAUUGGCCGAGCGGGUCAAGAAACGUACUGAGAAUAUGCUACACAAGGAGGACAGCAUGCGAGGAUUUAUAAAAUCGGCAACAGACGAUACUUCGCAAGUGGAGACGCAGCUUCAAGAGGAUUGGAAUUUGCUUGUGCGAGAUAUAUACUCGUUUUAUCCUCUACUCAUCAAAUAUGUGGAUCUGCAGCGCAAUCAUUGGCUAAAGGAUAAUAUUCCAGAGGCCGAAGAGCUCUACAAUCAUGUUGCAGAGAUCUUCAAUAUCUGGUCGAAGAGUCAAUACUUCUUGAAGGAGGAACAAAACUUUAUAUCAGCCAAUGAAAUUGAUAAUAUGGCUCUGAUAAUGCCAACGGCUACGCGACGAUCGGCCAUAUCAGAGGGCGUGCCGGCAGUGGGUGGCAAGGUGAAGAAGAAGAAGAAGAACAGGGACAAGAAACGUGACAAGGACAAGGAAGUGCAGGCCAGCUUAAUGGUUGCCUGUCUGAAGCGUCUACUGCCCGUUGGUCUAAAUCUAUUCGCGGGUCGCGAACAGGAGCUGGUGCAGCAUUGCAAGGAUAGAUACUUGAAGAAAAUGAACGAAUACGAUGUCAUAGAAUUUGCACGCAAUCAGUUGACAUUGCCCGACAAACUAGAUCCAUCGGAUGAGAUGUCGUGGCAGCAUUAUCUCUACUCGAAGCUGGGCAAAACUGAAGAGCCAGUCGAUGAGCAGGCUUUGGAGAAGGUGAAUGCCAAUUCGAAUGAGAAGGGUAAAGACAAGACGACAGAGACCGUUGAUCGAAUUGUGGCUAUGGCUAAGGUUCUAUUUGGCCUGCAUAUGGCAACCGGCGCUAAGAACAAAACAAAACGUUGGAGUUCCAAAAUAUCGGUCGCUCGACGCCAGGCAGUUAUUUCAAGCUUACGCGCCAAGCAUCUAUAUCGUAUGAGCAGACAUCGUGCUUGCAAUAUCUUUGCACGCACCUAUUACGAACAAUGGCUGCAGGAGGAGAACGUUGGCCAGGAAGUAAUGAUCGAGGAUCUGACCCAGACAUUUGAAGAGUCAGAAAAAUCGAAGAAGGACGAAGAGGAAACUGACGGCAAACCGGAUCCUUUGACACAGCUGGUUACCACCUUCUGCCGCGGUGCCAUGACAGAGCGCAGUGGCGCACUUCAAGAGGACUUACUGUACAUGUCCUAUGCCCAAAUAGCAGCCAAGUCUUGUGGCGAAGAGGAAGAGGAAGGCGGCGAGGAAGGUGAAGGGGGCGAGGGCGGCGAAGAGGGCGAAGGCACAAGUAUUCAUGAACAAGAAAUGGAGAAGCAGAAGCUGCUGUUCCAUCAAGCGCGUCUGUCGAAUCGUGGCGUUGCCGAAAUGGUGCUGUUGCACAUAUCCGCCUCCAAAGGUAUACCUUCGGAGAUGGUCAUGACGACACUCAAUUUGGGCAUCGCCAUAUUGCGUGGCGGUAAUAUUGACAUUCAAAUGGGUAUGUUGAAUCACUUGAAGGAGAAAAAGGAUGUGGGCUUCUUCACCUCCAUAGCCGGACUGAUGAACUCGUGCAGCGUGCUCGAUCUGGAUGCAUUCGAGCGCAACACAAAGGCCGAGGAGUAUAUUCCAAGUGCGGGUGCAGGUCUUGGUGUCGGCUCGGAGGGCGCUGCGGGUGAGAAGAAUAUGCACGAUGCGGAGUUUACGUGUGCUCUGUUCCGUUUCAUUCAGCUAACCUGCGAGGGUCACAACUUGGAAUGGCAAAACUAUUUGCGAACACAGGCUGGAAAUACAACCACUGUGAACGUGGUCAUAUGUACAGUGGAUUAUUUGCUGCGUCUGCAGGAAUCGAUUAUGGACUUCUAUUGGCACUACUCCAGCAAGGAGAUCAUUGAUCCGGCUGGCAAGGCUAACUUCUUCAAGGCCAUCGGCGUGGCUAGCCAAGUGUUCAAUACACUCACUGAGGUCAUCCAGGGUCCAUGUACUUUGAAUCAGCAGGCCUUGGCCCAUUCCAGAUUGUGGGAUGCGGUCGGCGGUUUUCUAUUUCUAUUUUCGCAUAUGCAGGACAAGCUCUCGAAGCAUUCGAGUCAAGUGGAUCUGCUAAAGGAGCUGCUCAAUCUACAAAAGGAUAUGAUCACCAUGAUGUUGUCCAUGCUGGAAGGCAAUGUUGUGAAUGGCACUAUUGGCAAGCAGAUGGUGGAUACUCUUGUGGAGUCGGCUAGCAAUGUUGAAUUGAUUCUUAAGUAUUUCGAUAUGUUCCUGAAGUUGGCCGACUUGAUCGAGUCGCCCAGUUUCCAUGAGAUCGAUAUGAAGAACGAGGGCUGGGUAAUACCCAAGGACUUCAGAGAGAAAAUGGAGCAGUCCAAGAACUACACACCGGAGGAAAUGGAUUUCCUUUUGGCCUGCUGUGAACGCAAUCACGAAGGCAAAAUUGAUUAUAGAGCCUUUGUCGAACGUUUCCACGAGCCAUCAAAGGAGAUCGGUUUCAACCUGGCUGUGCUGCUGACCAACCUAAGUGAACACAUGCCCAACGAGCCGCGCUUGGCGCGUUUCCUGGAGACAGCGGGCUCUGUGCUGAACUAUUUUGAGCCGUUCCUGGGUCGCAUCGAAAUCUUGGGCAGCUCGAAGCGCAUUGAGCGUGUUUACUUCGAGAUCAAGGACUCGAACAUCGAACAGUGGGAGAAGCCACAGAUUCGUGAAUCGAAGCGCGCCUUCUUCUACUCGAUUGUCACGGAGGGCGGCGACAAGGAGAAGCUGGAAGCAUUUGUUAACUUCUGUGAGGAUGCGAUCUUUGAGAUGACCCACGCCUCUGGUCUCAUGGCCACGGACGAUGGUGGCGGCAAUGUGAAGCGGGAUACGGCCUACAGUUCCUAUAUGAGUGAAGAAGAGGAAGAGCGCGCAGCUCGGGAUCCGAUUAGGCGCACAAUAACUGCUGUCAAGGACGGUCUGAAGUUCGGAGUUCACAUGCUGAGUCCAUCGAAUAUCAAGCAUCAAAUUGGAGUUAUGCAAACGAAAUCGAUACCUGAACUAAUUGUUGGCUUCUUUAAGAUAAUAUUCUAUAUGUUCUACUACACGGGCUAUGCACACUACUGUGUGGUGCGCUAUAUCUUUGGCAUUCUAUUGAAUCUGAUGCGUGGCCCCGCACCCGAGCAGGAGGAGGAACAAACUGUAGUUGAGGAGGAAACAUUUGGACGUGCGCUGCCGCCGUUGCCGUUGGAAGAGCCGCCGGGUCCGGUUCAAGCAUUUGGCCUGGACAUAAACAAGGAAGAAAAUGGCAUGUAUAAGGUGGUGGUGCACGAGUCGCCAGCGAGCUCUUCUGUGGAAGAGGGCGGUGAAUCUAGCCCAGAAGACGGCGCAGCUGUUGCUGGAGAACUACUCGAAGGCGAUCUUCAUCAGGAUCCAAUUUCAAUAGUUGAUAUGCUCGGUGGUGAGGCGGCUAAGAAGGCAGCUCAAGAGCGCCAGGAGGCACAAAAGGCUCAAGAAGCUGCCAUGGCAUCCAUUGAGGCGGAGGCCAAGAAGUCAUCAUCGGCACCACAAGAGACUCCAGCAGUGCACCAGAUCGACUUCUCGCAGUACACGCACCGCGCCGUUAGCUUCUUGGCUCGUAACUUCUACAAUUUGAAAUAUGUGGCGCUCGUCUUGGCAUUCAGCAUUAACUUUAUGUUGCUCUUCUAUAAGGUCACCUCAUUUAACGAUGAAUCGGAAGGAUCGGCUGAGGAGGAACUCAUUCUAGGCUCGGGUUCGGGUGCCGGUGCGGAUAUGGGCUCUGGCCUGGGUGGUUCAGGCGAUGGGUCGGGCGAUGGCGAUUUCGAAGACGAUGAUAUACCGGAGCUUGUGCAUGUGGACGAGGACUUCUUCUAUAUGGAACAUGUGCUACGCAUAGCUGCCCUACUCCACUCCUUGGUAUCGCUGGCCAUGCUGAUCGCGUAUUAUCAUCUGAAGGUGCCACUGGCUAUAUUCAAGCGGGAAAAGGAGAUCGCCCGUCGUCUGGAAUUCGAUGGUCUCUUCAUAGCCGAGCAGCCCGAGGACGAUGACUUUAAGUCCCAUUGGGAUAAGCUGGUCAUCUCGGCCAAGAGUUUCCCUGUCAACUAUUGGGAUAAAUUUGUCAAGAAGAAGGUCAGGCAAAAGUACAGUGAGACCUACGACUUUGAUUCCAUCUCUAAUUUGCUGGGCAUGGAGAAGAGCGCAUUUACCGCACAGGAGAGCGAAGAGACGGGCAUUCUGCGUUACAUCAUGAACAUCGACUGGCGCUAUCAGGUGUGGAAAGCGGGCGUCACCUUUACGGACAACUCCUUCCUCUACUCCCUGUGGUAUUUCAGCUUCUCGGUGAUGGGCAACUUUAAUAACUUCUUCUUUGCGGCCCAUUUGUUGGAUGUGGCUGUCGGCUUCAAGACACUGCGCACGAUUCUGCAAUCCGUAACACACAAUGGCAAACAGCUCGUCUUGACCGUGAUGCUCCUUACGAUUAUUGUGUACAUAUAUACGGUGAUUGCGUUCAAUUUCUUCCGCAAGUUCUAUAUACAGGAGGAGGAUGAGGAGGUGGACAAGAAGUGCCAUGACAUGUUGACGUGCUUCGUCUUCCAUUUGUACAAGGGCGUUAGAGCAGGCGGUGGCAUAGGUGAUGAAAUUGGAGAUCCGGAUGGAGAUGACUAUGAAGUCUAUCGCAUCAUCUUCGACAUUACAUUCUUCUUUUUCGUCAUUGUCAUCCUGUUGGCCAUCAUCCAGGGUUUGAUUAUCGACGCCUUCGGCGAGUUGCGUGAUCAAUUGGAAUCGGUCAAGGAUAAUAUGGAAUCGAAUUGCUUCAUUUGUGGCAUGGGCAAGGACUUCUUUGAUAUAGUUCCGCAUGGCUUCGAUACACACGUGCAGAAGGAGCACAAUCUGGCCAACUAUAUGUUCUUCCUGAUGCAUUUGAUCAAUAAGCCGGAUACAGAAUAUACCGGCCAGGAGACGUACGUGUGGAAUAUGUACCAACAGCGCAGCUGGGACUUCUUCCCAGUGGGCGACUGCUUCCGCAAGCAGUACGAGGACGAGCUCUCUGGCGGCGGCGGUGGCGGUGGCUGAGCUCCACCGACUUAGUCUCGUUCUUAUUACAAUUUAUAUGAUGACGGUUAAUAUCUCUAUAAUAAUAUUGAUAUAUGUUUGA